GUAGAGCGCCACCGAUGCCUCGAAUAUCCACGAAGAAGAACCCCGUGCUCUCAUCAGUAAGCGACAAAGAUGGCUACCUGUGGGCUGUUCCGCUCCCUGUCUUCCAACUUUUCCACAGUUUUGCCUUUACUUACCCGCUCGGCUCCGCUCCCUCAUUUGCGGCUGGCAUCUAAACCUUACUUUCGGAGAACACUAGCCUCUUCUAGCCGAUUAGCAGCAGCACUUAAGUUCACAGACAAGCACGAAUGGAUUCGAGUAGAAGACGACGGAAUCGGGACUGUCGGUAUCAGCAACUUCGCGCAAGAGGCUCUGGGAGAUGUAGUUUACUGUGGACUGCCAGAGGUGGGCACACAGCUGGCUCAGCAAGAUGAAUUUGGAGCUCUGGAAAGUGUAAAGGCAGCCAGUGAGCUCUAUUCCCCUUUGACUGGAGAGGUUGUAGAGGUCAAUACACUACUGGCAGACAACCCUGGUCUGGUCAACAAAUCCUGUUACAAAGAUGGUUGGCUGAUGAAGAUGACCAUUGCCAAUCCUGCUGAGCUUGACACUCUAAUGGACGAAGCGGCCUAUGAGAGAUACAUCCGCUCCAUUGAGGACUAACCUAACACCUCCUAAUAAGUGCUAUGCUCCCUCUCUCCUUUUCAAAACGCCACUGGCAGGGAGAUGCAUAAGAUGUGCCUGUGUCAGCAACAACGCUAUGCUUAGCAUCCACCAGUGGAGCUCGAGAGCUCCAGUUGGCUGACCUGCCAUUGUUGUAGAGCUGUGAACGUUAGGAAUCCUUUAUCUACUGUUACAGACUGACUUUAGGGGACCAGCCAGUCUGCACCGACUGAACAUUCAGUGUUGAGUUCUUGCAGCCUCAAAGCCCAAAAACAGAAGAGACUGAGACUUACACUUAAUAGAGCAGUUUCCAAGCAUUUCAGUCAAACAUAAACUUGAAUUUCUGUUCUAGGACACUGUUAGACUUUAAAAAGCACUUUGGUCAUUAGGGUAUUAUUAAUUAUGUUGGUCUACAUUGCAUGUAUGAGAGCUACACUGUAGACAUGAGACCUGUACAAGAGAAAAUAAACAUUUCCUUACACA